AUGUGCCAAACCCGGAGAGCUAUUGGGCUGUACUUUGUGAUCGGGGUUUGUUUCGGCCUGGUCCUCACCCUCUGCCUCCUGGUCAUCCGGAUCUCCUGCAAGCCCCGCACCAACAUCCCGGCCUCCACGCCCGAGAAGAAACACUUAAAGGACUUCAGUGAGGACGAAUGUGAUGAAGAUAGCGUGGAUGAGGAAGAGGAGGGUGACGUCGAAGCACCCGCCCCCCUGCCCACCACAGAGAUUCCCAUUGGCAACCACCACAACCACAGCCAAUCGGACGGGACACUGAGCGUUAACGUGUUCACGUCGGCCGAGGAGCUGGAGCGGGCGCAGCGAUUGGAGGAGAGGGAGCGAAUCAUACGGGAGAUCUGGAGGAAUGGGCAGCCUGAUAUCCUGGGUUCAGGAACAGGCACUAUAGGUCGGGUGCACUACUACUAAUGCCCAGUGCUACGGGACCACUGAAUGGACAUACUAUAUAGAACUAUGGUGCUAUGGAAUCAGGGGGUACUCGAUGGUCCACACCUGCCAAAGACAGACUUAGAAUCAGACCUCUGGUUGGGUCAGUGCCCCUGAGGGAGACCUUACGAUUCCCAUGAGGGGUGUUACUCAUGCUGUUGCAUACAGGCAGGUCACAAAUGGCGCGCUACUUCGAUCUGGUGUCUAUUCAGUGAUGUGAAAUGUUCUGAACGUUGCAGAUAGAAAUAGAAUGAAUAGAGCUUACACAAUUCCCUAUUGUACCUGAAAGACAAUCAUAUCUGUUCUACACGAUACGUUUCUAUCUGAACGUUCUGUGAAGUGACAUCCCUCUGAACAGGCCCCUGAAGUGUAAGUCUUGACUCUAACACUAUGUGAUAGUGGUGUGCUGUGUGAAUGUAUUUCCCCCAUCAACAUUUGUCACCUACUAUCACUGCCAUAAUGGAGUUACACCACAAGGCACCUUUGAGACCAGUUCUGCUGCUUUGUGAUCUAGGCAUGUGAAAGGGAACAUUUAUCAUAAUUGGAGUCUACAGUAUAGAGAGAUGCCUGAAUAAAGUAUUGCCCUUAGAAAAGCACAAAGGGAGUAAGGAAGGACUAAUACAGCUAUUGACAAAUUGCCAGAGAUACUGUAGGGAGUAGGGACCAAGUAUUUUGUAAUGAGAGGUCACUUCCUUUUGUUUGCUAUGGCGCCAUGUUUCCCUGAACACAUUGGUGAGUUUACAGCGGGAUAGCUCCGUGAACUGUUUGUCAUUAUAUUAGGAAAUGAUCCUCAAUGCUUUAGAGUGGUCUUGGAACCUUCUGUGAGGAAAUAGAAAUAGAUUCGGUGGGACCAUUUUUCAUCUGAUGUCAAAUCAUUUUGGAUUUGGACUGCUCAGUUUGCUCAAUUGAACGACACAGUUUUAGGCUGUUUUCAGAACCAAUUACACUUGGGGGAAAUUAAAUAAUUAAAGUGUUAAACUCAAAAGGCCUUGUGGUUGUUUCUGUUACACAUAAUGUCUUUCAGACAAACAAUGCUCUUCCUUAAAAUGUCCCUGGGCUAUGUAUUUUGAAUAUACUGUACAAUAUAAAGAUUGUCUAGGGGUGAAAUUUAAUUUUAAAGUCACUCAUUGUUAAUUGUUCAUCUUAAUCAAUUGCUACCAUGUGUGCCUUGAAAUGUUAAAUAGAUAUGAUUUUUAUAAUACAAUAUCUUGAAAACUUGUUUGUUAAAUGUUUUGGCAAAACCCAGUGUUCUAUCUAAACUAAAUAAAGUCUUAUUUUAUUGUCUGAAAUAAAACACAGGACAAAAGGAUAUUUGAUUGCCAACAGAAUCAUGUUGAACGUUGAUGAAUAACACAAUCUGCGUAUGUAUCUUUGGUAUGAUCAUUAUCCAGUUUGGUUCUCUUGGGCUUUAGCUGUACAGGUGUUUAACCAAAUAAAGAUCUGUCCCUCCAA